GUAUCUAGUCCUGCAAAUAAUUCUGGGUUGAAGUUGAAUUUAUGUUCACGAUCCUUUCAUUUCAUCAAUGUUUUAGAAAUCUAAUCAAAGAUGAGACUGUUGUUGAUUGAAGUACUCGUAUUCCACCUCUCUUUACUCUCUCUGGUGAUGGGGCAUGAAAGUGUGGAAUUGGAACAGUAUCCAUUGGUUGUGAGCACAUGGCCGUUUAUUGAAGCUGUUAGAGCUGCAUGGAGAGCUGUUGAUGGUGGCUCUUCUGCUGUUGAUGCCGUUGUUGAAGGUUGCUCCACUUGUGAGGAACUUAGGUGCGAUGGAACAGUUGGUCCGGGUGGGAGUCCAGAUGAGAAUGGAGAAACUACAAUGGAUGCUUUGGUCAUGGAUGGGGUGACUAUGGAAGUAGGAGCUGUUGCUGCCAUGAGAUAUGUAAAGGAUGGAAUCAAGGCUGCUAGGCUAGUGAUGCAACAUACUGAACACACUUUGCUUGUAGGAGAGAAAGCAUCAGAAUUUGCAAUUUCAAUGGGUCUUCCAGGACCUACAAACUUGAGUUCAUCAGAAUCUAUAGAGAAAUGGACCGAAUGGAAAAAUAGUAGCUGCCAACCGAAUUUUAGGAAAAAUGUAUCACCUGCAAAUAAUUGCGGUCCUUAUCGUCCUACUAACUAUCUUGAACUCUCUGAUGAAACAUGCUCCAAUACUUAUGAAAAUCAAAUAUUAAGAUUACCUCAUGUUGGUCUUCACAGCCAUGAUACUAUAUCAAUGGCUGUUAUUGAUAGAAUGGGGCACAUUGCUGUUGGCACAUCGACGAAUGGGGCAACGUUCAAGAUUCCUGGCAGGGUAGGUGAUGGUCCCAUAGCUGGAUCCUCAGCAUAUGCAAUAGAUGAAGUUGGCGCAUGUUGUGCAACUGGGGAUGGCGACAUCAUGAUGCGCUUCCUUCCAUGCUAUCAAGUUGUGGAAAGCAUGAGGUUGGGAAUGGAACCCAAACUUGCUGCUAAGGAUGCAAUAGCACGAAUAACAAAAAAGUUUCCAGACUUUGUGGGAGCUGUCGUUGCCCUAAAUAAAUUGGGGGAACAUGCUGGUGCCUGCCAUGGUUGGACAUUUAAAUAUUCAGUAAGGAGCCCUGCAAUGAAAGAUGUAAAAGUCUUUACUGUGCUACCCUGAACGAUAGCAUGUUCGAGAAAUUGGUACUGUUCAACAUUUAAAUUUAAGUGAUUAUUAUGCUAAUUGUAUUGGUUGAGGAAAUUUGAUGCAAACAAAUGUGCUUAAAAUGUUACAACUUUUGUGAUAUUAAUUGAGCAUUUAACAUGGAUUGUGCAA